GGAGUGCAUUCUAAUACGCACCACAAUGCUGCUGAUAAUGCAAACUACAAGAAGGGUGUAGUAGUAGAUGAUCAGCAUCUUCUUGGAAUACACGUUCUUGUAGAUGGAAGCCGUGCUGUGUUGAACAAAGGACCUAGUGGAGAUGAUACCCGUCUUCAGUCGGGGACCGCCUCACGGGGAACAGGCACUCAAGGAGUAUUUCAACAUCCAGAGAACCAUCAUGAUGAUGCGACCCCGUCGUCAUCAGUUGCCACGACUGCUGGAACAUCACCGACUGAGGAGUCUUCCUCGUCCUCGUCGGCCAAGAUCGUCAAUUUUGUACGCACGCCGCCGAAGACCACUAGCGCAGGGACGACGCCUGACAGGCGAAGCAGCGGCAAAAGCAGUCCCGUAUUCCUCACGGCAAAUGAAGGCUCGGCCUCCUGCAGUGGUCAUUAUCAUGUCGCUCCCGGCCAGAGUCCAGAACUGCAUGCAGCAGCGCAAACAAGUCUCGAAAAUGGGAUAUCGGGAACCACCGGAAGUAGCGGAGGACUAG